UUUUUUUUUUGGAUACAUUGAGGUAUACAAGGUUCUGGGUUGACUCCGAUGAUUUAUAUUCACAUUUCGAGGAACCCAUCAUUGGCUUGUUUGUAGCUUCCUCGAUUGUUUGAAUUGAAUUGAGUUGGUUGGUUAGGUUUAUCAAGUUGCGUUUUGAUGAAUUCGUGCUGCAACGAGCUCGUGUCGUACUAGGUUUGAAAUCUUGGUGAAGAUUACCAGGCAAUGGUGAAAUUGGAGCGCGAGUAUGUAAAUAUGCAGGUUCUUUGGCAGCUGACUUAACCUAAUUCAAUCAAGUGCCAACUCUGAAGUGGAGAAAAUGUCUUACAUCUGAAGCUUAUUAAUCAGAGAUCUGAACAGAUCCGUCGAAUUGAUCCUCCACCACCACCGCCAUGGCUUCCUCUUCGACACCCGAACGCCUCCGCCUCCCCAACACCGAUCCUCCACCACCACCGCAGCAGAUCCGCAGCAGAUCACUUCCUCUUCGACAUCACUCAUCGCCUCCUCCGUCGCAGAUCUGCUGAUCCUCCACCACCACCGUCCUCUGUCGCAGAUCUCGACAAUUUUAGAUCUCCUUUCUUUUUUUGUCUGAAGUGGUAGAGCUGAAGGGAUAUCAAUCAUGGGUGUCUCUGGGAAGUGGAUUAAAGCAUUGGUUGGCUUAAAGAAAUCAGAAAAAUCACAAUCAUCAAAUAAGGAUGAAUAUAGAACUCGAAAAUUCCAGCACCAGAGAAAGCAUUCAGUUGAGAUUGAUGCUGACGUAAUUCAAGAUGACUUCAAUCACAAUGCUGCUCCACCAAUUGUAGAUGCAAACAUCCUUUCAAUCCCAGAUGCUGCUGGUUCUCCAUCAAGCUUGCUGCAAGUGCAGGAUGCAGUUCAAGAUCAACAGAAUAUGAGAGAAGAAUGGGCGGCCACAUGCAUCCAAACAACUUUUCGAGGAUUUUUGGCUAGGCGAGCUUUACGAGCUUUGAAAGGUUUGGUAAGACUUCAAGCCCUGGUUAGGGGCCAUGCUGUGAGGAAGCAAGCAGCAAUUACUCUUCGUUGUAUGCAAGCGCUAGUGAGAGUUCAGGCUCGUGUUCGAGCUCGGCGUGUUUGUUUGUCUUUGGAAAGUCAAACAGCACAAGAAACACUUCAGCAACAACUUGAACAUGAGGCUUGUGUUCGAGAAAUUGAGGAGGGAUGGUGUGACAGUGUAGGAUCUGUCAAAGAAAUUCAAGCCAAAUUGUUAAAGAGACAGGAGGCGGCGGCCAAGCGUGAGAGAGCAAUGGCGUAUGCUUUGGCUCACCAGUGGCAGGCAGGAUCAAGGCAACAUCAAGCUCUCUCUGGGUUUGAAGCAGAUGAAAGCAACUGGGGCUGGAACUGGUUGGAGAGAUGGAUGGCUGUUCGUCCAUGGGAAAACCGAUUUCUCGACAUCAAUCUCAAGGAUGGAGUGAGAGAGAAUGGAUCAGCUGAAGGAAAGAAUGGUAUCAGCACCUUGUUAAAAUCUGCUGGUAAGAAACCCAUUCCUUCAAACCUUCAUUCCAACCUGUCAAAUCACAAAAUGGGUCCCUCUCAAUUGGACGGUUGUAACUCUUCACCCAACAAGUCCACAAGCAUGCAAGAAGCAACGACCACACUGUUUACCAAGCCAAAGUCUAAGUCACCUCUUGAAGAUUUGGUUGAAGAAGCUGGUUCAAGAACUGGUAUUGGGUUGAGAUCCCACAGCAAUCCUAAAGAGAGAUCUGUGCUUUUAGAUCAGCAAGCAAAGAAGCGAUUAUCUCUGCCUAAUAGCGUACGAAGGCUUGGAUCUCAAAGCACCAGGCAACCUAGUAGAACUGCUUUAAAAAGGACACCCCCACCAAAGCCUGUGAUGCAUAAGCCGAAGUUAAAUGGAAUUGACAAACCCGAUGAAAUUUGUUCCACAGGCACUUGAUCUUUAGCUUCAAGACUCUCAUCAAAGAUCUUUCUUCACGAAUUUGCUGCCUUUUCAGUUUGUACAUAUUGGUUGGCAGAGUUGAGGCAGGCUUGUCGGAGAAAUAAGAUAAGCGGGAUUCAAUUAGGGCUGUUGUAAUCAGUUGUUAUUGUCAUUAUUUUAAUCAGGAAGUACUAAAAGUUGAAUGUCGGAGUUUCUGACCUGCUGUUGUCCUGUCAAGGCAUGUGUUGUCGUGUUGUCUUAUCUCAUUCUCUGAUUGUUGAAAGUUGAAGUAUAAUCUUGAUCGAACCUACCCAUGAAUGGAGAUCAGAGAAUGCAAUACGCCUGAAAGAGAGAGAAUGUUGUAAGUAGGUGUGUAUUCCAUGAAGGAGGUGUGUAACUAGCAUUCAUUUGUUGUUUCUUAUGAGAUGGAUGCCUAUUGAAAAUGUUUUUAGUUUCCACUAAUGCUUCAUUUGUUUGUUUAGAUGGAAAACAUUUUGUAAUGGUGAACAUUUUUUACGGAAAUCUUUUUUCAGAAAA